AUGGAUAUCGGAGGACUGACCACGGUGGUAGCAAACUCUGCUUACAUCAAUGCUCGAGGAAGCAUCGAUGGCUCUAAUGCGGGAGCAGCUCGGGAUAAGAAGUACCAUUCUCGCCUCAAACUGCCCCACAUCACUGUGUGUGAGGGCCUGGUGGAGACUCAGGAUUUGUCCUUUGACUCAGUCUGCGUGACUCAACCAAUAGGCAAACGCCUCUUUAGAGAAUUCUUGGAUGCAAAUAAAGAGUACCACAGGGCUUGUCGUUUGUGGAAAGACAUCGAGGACUAUGACCUAGCAGAGGAUUCUGAUCGGGCAAAGAAGGCCUCAAAGAUCAUCCAGCGAUACAUGGACCCCUCUGCCAAACACUACUGCGCCUAUCUGUCUGAGGACAUCAUAGCUAAAGUGAAGGACGGCCAGGAGACUGCGGGGGAUGAUUUGUUUAAUGCAGCAUUAACCAUCACUUUGGACUUCUUUCGUGAGGCUCCCUACACCUUCUUCUUGGAGAGCUUGUAUCUGAAGAGGUUUCUGCAGUGGAAGUGGCUGGAGAUGCAGCCUAUGGAUGCAGACUGGUUCCAAGACUUCCGUGUGCUGGGGAAAGGUGGGUUUGGAGAGGUUUCUGCUUGUCAGAUGAAAGCCACAGGAAAACUGUAUGCUUGUAAGAAGCUGAACAAAAAGAGGCUGAAGAAGAGGAAAGGCUACGAGGGGGCGAUGGUGGAGAAGAGGAUUCUUGAGAAGGUUCACAGUCGCUUCAUUGUGUCAUUGGCGUACGCUUUCCAGACAAAAGAAGAGCUUUGUCUGGUCAUGACGAUCAUGAACGGAGGAGAUCUCAAGUAUCACAUCUACCUGGUGGACGAGAACAACCCCGGGUUCGAGGAGCCCAGAGCCUGUUUCUACAUCGCUCAGAUCAUCCAAGGCUUGGAGCACCUCCACCAAAAGAGAAUCAUCUACAGAGAUCUCAAACCAGAAAAUGUGCUGCUGGAUAAUGACGGUAAUGUGCGUAUAUCCGACCUGGGCCUUGCUGUGGAGCUUAAAGAAGGCAAAACACUGACUAAAGGAUAUGCUGGAACACCAGGGUACAUGGCUCCAGAGAUGCUAAAAGGAGAGAAAUAUGACACUUCGGUCGACUACUUCACUCUGGGAGUGACGCUGUUUGAGUUCAUGGUUGCUAAGAACCCGUUCAGAAACAGAGGGGAAAAGGUGGAACGUGAGGAGAUGAAAGAACGUAUGCUGACGCGGCAGGUGAACUAUCCAGACACAUUCAGCGAGCACGCUAAGUCUCUCUGUGAGGGGCUGAUGGCCCGAGAGGUCGAUCAGAGGAUGGGGUUCAAGAAUGAAUGCUGCAAUGAGAUCAGAGCUCACCCAUUUUUCAGUGACAUCAACUGGAGAAAACUGAAUGCAGGUAUUCUGCCUCCUCCUUUUGUCCCUGACCCCAAAGUGGUGUAUGCUAAAAGCCUUGAUGACGUCGGAGCUUUUUCCUCAGUGAAGGGAGUUGCUGUGGAGGAUUCUGAUAAGACCUUUUUUGAUGAGUUUUCCUCAGGCAACAUCCCCAUCCCUUGGCAGGAGGAAAUGAUUGAAAUGGGCAUUUAUGGAGAGCUCAAUGCUUGGGGUCCUGAGGGAACCAUCCCCAACGACCUCCGCAGGGAGUCCAUACUUGAGCAGCCAAAGUCAUCAACCUGUUGCGUAUCUUAGACUCCUUGAAACAACUUGAAAAUAAACCAAAAACAUAGUAUACGGACUUGAAGUUAUUUAGAACAUGGGACAUGAUGAUUCAAAUUCUCAGGACUAUCACUCUUAACUUUUGAUUGAGUGCAGGACUUACUCUCUCUUCAUCUUCUCUUUUUAUCUUCAUCUUUUAAUCUGUUUAAUUUCCUUGUUUCUUCUUUUGUUAAGCUAUGUACUGCUUUUAGAUUAAAAGUGCAGUGUGAAACUAAGGUAGGAUCUUAGCUACUUGGCAUCUUUGGUGCUAAUUGACAGUCACAUGUUGAACAUGUGUAAUGUUGAAUUGACUCUUUUGCAUGUGUGACCCAAUAGAGUGUAUGCCAUUUAAUGGAAAAUGUGUUAGUUCAUAUUUAAUUAAUCCUGUCCCUCAGCUUUUGUGUACCGAUAAUCCAUGCAGGUAUCUAAUUAACAGAGGCAAAAACAUCAGAAUGACACUGGUUUAUUGUCUUGAAAGACUCUUCUUCUCAUCAAUUUUUAUCAGGAUGGCUGGUUUGGGAAGUGAACAGGCAACCUAAUUUUAUUCCGUGUCUUUUGUCAAGGCCAAUCUUCUGGGCCAAUAUAGUUUUGCCAUACUUUAUUAUAGAAAAACCAUUAAAAGUUUAACUGAG